AUGCCCGGGGCCGGACGAGCCGCGGGCGUGCGCCGCCUGCGCCCGCAGCCGUCGGAGGAGCCGCCCACGCAGGAGAACCUUCUCCUGGCAGCUGCCUAUGUCUCUGAUGCCCAGUACAACAGAAAUGUUCCAUUUGAAACGUCUCCUCGGGCCAUCAGACUUUACUAUUUUUAUAACCACUGGACAAUGCAAGUAGCCAUCUACUUCUUUAUUUGUGUCGACCUCUCUCUCGCCCUGUUUGAAGAACCGGCACUGUUUCCCCUGCCUUUCUUGGCUACCUCGUUAGCAGAAGUACUCUGUCUGACUGCAUUCUUUGGGAGACUUGUACAUUUUGCAAAAGUCACUCCUCAAAUGGUUUUCUGGAAGGAUACGAAAAACAUCUGCAUCAUGGUAACCAUUGUGCUGACCUUGAUUGAUCUGAUUAUCUAUGGGUCCCUGGAAGCUGUGAACGUCCACAGCGUCCGAUGGUCAAGGGUCUUAAGACCAGUCUUCCUAAUUAACUUCCCUGAAAGUCGUCAGAUCCGAAGAACUUUCAGAAGCAUCCGGAACACUCUGCCCGAUAUUCUCUACGUCUUCCUCCUGUUUAUGUUCAGUGUGCUGAUAUUCUCCCUUAUGGCCUUGAAGCUUUUUGGGGAUAGGGGUCUUAAAACAGUGGAAGGAUUGCCCUACUUCACAAAUAUCCUGGACAUAGUGUUUGAGCUCUACGUGCUGGUCACUACCGCGAACAGCCCCGAUGUCAUGAUGCCUGCCUAUAACUUCAAUUGGUGGUACUGUCUGUACUUCAUAACCUACACCAUCAUCAAUACCUACAUCUUCAUGUCCGUCUUUCUGGCCGUGGUCUACAACAAUUAUAGGAAGCACUUAAAGAAUGAGAUUCGCAAACUGGCGUACCUGAAACGUCACAAAAUGAUAGAGGCGUUCAACAUUCUGAAAGUCAAGGUGGGCACAGAGUUUGUGGUCAUGGAGGCCCAGUGGAGGCGGCUGGCCAAGGUCGUGGCACCACACAUCAGCGGUCCCCACCUGGAGCUCCUCUUGAGGAUCUCCGACGAGGGACAGAAGGGGCACGUGGACAAAGUGAACUUUCUACGCUUGGCCGAUCUCCUCAACAUUCAGGUGGUCACCAUCAACAUCAGGAGACACCCACUGGAAGACUGGAUGCCUCGGGUAUACCGGUCAUCUGCAAGCCUCUUGGUCCAGAGGAUGGUUCAGCACAGGAUUUUUGUCUGGGUUUAUGAUGUCAUCAUUCUAAUAAAUGCCAUAUUCAUUGCUCUGGAUGAGAGAAACCCCUUCAUUUCCUACGCAGAAUGGCUUUUCCUUUCUCUCUACAUUAUUGAAAUUCUCCUGAAACUGUACACAUACGAGCCCAGAGCCUAUUUUGACAGAAGGCAGUUCUGGAACUGGUUUGAUACGCUGAUCAUCAUCGCGGCCCUGGUGGCCACUGUGGCCAACACCACCAUUCAGUCAGCAAGAAAAUACAACAGUCAGCAGAUACUGGAUAUUGUGCUGAUCUUAAGGAUACUCCGGCUCUUAAGGAUCAUUGUCAGCAUUCAGAGGUUCCGGGUCAUCGUGACGACCUUAAUUAACAUUGGACCCACAAUACUGACGUUCGGUGGACUCGUCUUGGUUGACGUCCUUAGCCUCCUACUUCUCGCAGGCGGCUUUGCCCUCGUGACUCACCAGGCGGCAAAGCUGUACUUCAUCGGCUUCCACAUCGUGGUCGUCAUUCUCAUCGUUAAUAUUUUCAUAGCAUUCAUCUUGGAGGCAUUUUUUGUGGCAUAUUCCUUAGAGAAAAGUGAAGUAGAAACUGCUAUCGAGAAGAAGAUUCAAGAGCUCGGAGUGGGAAUCCAAGAAGAAGAAAUGCAGGACAGGAAGCUCGUUGAUAACGUGGAUGCUAAGGACAGUGGCUUUAGUGGGGACGAUGGAGACAACAAAAGGAAGGACCUGAAAGGCUUGUACUUCAGAAUUGCAUCCAAAAAGUACAGGACCGUGGACGCCUUGCUGCAGCAGAUGUUUGAGUCUGAAAUUGCCCCAGAGGAGGAAGGCCCUUCGUUGGAUGAGAUUCUGAACUUUUCACCCGGUGACCUGUAUCCCAAGAAUCCCAACUUCGAAAACAGUGCGUGA